GAUGCACCACUACACGGCUGUGCCGGUCCUGGCAGGAUGACAGUUCUCAAGGCUCUUUCACUGCGGGUCAGUGAGCGGCCCAUUCUGACAGAAAAUUGGAUUAGUACAACGAGCCCUGUUUAAGAAACGAGUUUUAAGAGCGACUCCUCCUUCGUCACGCCAACCCUCGAGACCGUCGGGUGUUUGACCUCUCGCUCAGGUUGUUCUGUAUUAUUGCUCGCCUCGUCCCAACAAUAUCCCGCUCAGUAACCAGCCGCUGCGGACAUGUCAACAUCCAGCGAAUGCAGCUACAGCUAUGAGGAGUACAAAGAAACAGCAGACUGGCUGCUUGCUAACACAGACAUCAGGCCCAAAGUGGCAAUUAUCUGUGGUUCAGGACUCGGUGGAUUGGCUGACCUGCUGGACAACAAGAAUUUGUUUCCUUACGACAAAAUCCCGCGCUUUCCCCACAGCACAGUGCAAGGACAUAAAGGUCAGCUUGUGUUCGGAGAGCUGAAUGGGAAGCAGUGUGUUUGCAUGCAAGGCCGUUUCCAUUUCUACGAGGGCUAUAACUUUGCCACGGUCACCUAUCCAGUAAGAGUGUUUUUCCUUCUCGGGAUUGAGACUCUGAUUGUGACCAAUGCUGCUGGAGGGCUCAAUUCUGAAUUUGAAGUGGGUGACAUCAUGCUUAUCAAAGACCAUAUCAAUAUGCCUGGAUUUGCUGGGCAAAAUCCCCUGUGUGGACGCAAUGAGGAAAGAUUUGGAGUGCGCUUUCCCUGCAUGUCUGAUGCUUAUGAUAGAGGCUUGAAACAGUUGGCCAGGGACACUGCCCAAAAACUGGGCUGUGCCUCUUUCCUUCGGGAGGGUGUUUACUGCAUGUUGGCUGGACCGUCCUAUGAGACAAUUGCAGAAUGCAAUGUUUUAAAGCAGCUUGGGGCGGAUGCUGUGGGUAUGAGUACCGUUCCAGAGGUGGUGAUCGCUCGGCACUGUGGGAUGCGUGUGUUUGGACUCUCCCUAAUUACCAACAAGGUAGUGACUAACUACGACAGCAAUGAAAGGGCUAAUCAUGAAGAGGUCCUGGAAACCACCCGUAUGCGAACCCAAGUCCUGCAGAAGAUAGUCAGCAAUUUAGUGACAAAAAUGUAGCAUAACCAGCAACUACAUUUACUGUAAAAAAAC